AUGGUUGUGUACGGCCGCAGGCAAAGCAGCUACCCAGAACAAGGGCAGCAGCCUCGCGCCCGUGAGCCAGCUGAGGAACCUGCGAAACCGGCGUGGCCAUUUGACCCCGACAAGAUCAACAUUUUCUCGGCGUUGCAUGACACGGUGGAAGGCGAGAUCAAGGUCAUUGCAGAGGUGGCCCGCAAAGGAGACUGCCUGGCCAUGAGAGCCUGCUCGGUGCGGCCCCCCUGA